AAAAACGCCAUGGUACACAUAAAAUACAGGGCUAGAGGGCAGAGUUUCCUCUUCAAUUUCCAGAGUGUCCUUUACCCUCAAAACAACCCCAUUUUUGGACAUGAAAUCAAAUCAAAAUGGACACUUUGUUUUCUCUUCUUCCUCGUCUUGGUGUUGGUGGUGUUGUUGCACCUCCUCCAAAACCAAUUCUGUUACACUUUUCUCUCCACCUAAAACAACAGAAAAUUUUUCACCUUUUUUCACUACCAAAUUGACCCAGUUACAAUAUUUGAUUUGAGCAUCAAUGGGGAUACUGUAUGGAAUGGUGGCAAGAGGGCUUGUGGUUUUGGCUGAGUUCAGCGCGAUCCAGGGAAAUGCAAGUGUGAUUGCUAAGCAGAUACUUAACAAGAUCAAUCAAGGGACUGAUAACUACAUUGAUAGCAAUGUUUCCUUUUCCCAUGAUCGCUAUGUUUUUCAUGUCAAGAGGACCGAUGGCCUUACUGUUCUUUGCAUGGCUGAUGAUGCCUUUGGAAGAAGGAUCCCUUUUGCAUUUCUUGAAGAUAUCCAUACAAGAUUUGUGAAGACAUAUGCCCGUGCAAUUCUUUCAGCUCCUGCCUACGCCAUGAACGACGAGUUCUCGAGGAUCCUGAACCAACAGAUGGAUUAUUACUCUAACGAUCCAAACGCUGACAGAUGCAACCGUCUCAAAGGUGAAAUGACUCAGGUGAGAACCAUUAUGAUUGACAACAUUGAGAAAGUGUUGGAGAGGGGUGGGCGCUUGGAAAUGCUGGUUGAGAAAACUUCAGCAAUGAACAACAAUGCAAUCCGUUUCAAAAGCCAGUCCCGCCGAUAUAAAAAUAACUUGUGGUGGAGAAAUGUUAGGUUAACGGUUGCACUUAUCUUAAUUUUUGUGAUCGUAAUUUACAUUAUGCUCGCUUUUAUCUGCCAUGGUCCCUUGUUGGCUUCUUGCUGGAGAUAAGCUCACAAGGCUAAGUGUGAAUUAUUUUUGCACUACUCUUUGACCAGGUCAUUUUGUUCUUAAGAGUACAGUGUAUUGGGUCAACCAUAAAGGAAUGAAUAUAAUGUAUUGGAAUGAAUGCAAUCAUUUGUCAAAUGUAACCAUCCUAGGCUUCCACA